GCAAACUUACAGCAACUCGCACAGCGAGUUCGUGCUAUCCUCGUCGCGCUGUGCGCGAUGCAAUAACAAAUAAAAGAUGCAGCAACAUCUGUAAUUUUCAUAAGGCUCUGAGGAGGGCCUGAGGAGUGUGGGCGAGCAGCGAGGAUGUCUGAGGACGCGCCCCUCCCGGACCCCCCGCCCCCGCCUCCGCUGGAAGGCGAGAAGGCGCCGCUGCCUGCGAAGCUCGCUGGGCUGCAAACAGCAUUACCGCAGCAAGACUUCCAGAAAAUCAUCGUCCAUGGAAAGCCUAAGGAGCCGGACCGGGAGCGCAAGGCUGUUUGCAAGCCUCCAAAUGACCAGCACCUGCCAACAUCACGGCUAAAGCUAUUUUGCUUUGACAAGACCACGGGCAAGCCGCUGGCGAAUGUACAGGUCGCGGUGAAGACGCUGCCAAACAACGACCCGGACAAAUCUAAAAGCGUGUCCAACGCCUUUGGCAACCGCGCCUUCUCGCGGAAGGAUGGCUACGUCAGCUGCAAGGUGUUGGCUGGCUACCCGUACCUCAUCUCCGCCACCGCCUCCGGCUUCCACGACUUCGGCCACAUGGGCGAGCACCUGCUGCUGCGCCCCGGCGACGGCGAGGUGGUGGAGGCGGAGGUGGGGCUGGUGCCCAUCCGCAUCGCGGUGGUGGUCACGCUGCGCGAGCUGCGGCCGCUGCACCACCCCGACUCCAUGCAGCGCGACGUGACGGGGCAGGUGAACCCGCUGUUCUCGCUGCCCAAGAUCGACACGCGCUUCGGCGUGCCGCCUCAGCGCGUGUCCUUCUACAGCAGCGAGGGCAUCAAGAUGGACUUUGUGGCCACCACCGUGGAGUCUCAGGACGUGCUGGUGGGCUGGCCCGGCACACUGGGCAACACCGCGGAGGCCGCCACGUGCUCGUUGGGCAUCUACUCCACAGACAACGACGGCCACUGCUUCUUCUACGGGCCCAAGGUGGGCGGCAAGCGCGGAAACGGCCGCAAGCCGCGCGACUGGUCGCAGAUCGACGUGGGGCGCUGGGAGUACACGUGCAAGUACCACCUGCGUGCCAACUGGGAGUCGCCGGUGUGCAUGCUGUUCGAGUCGUACCGGCGGCAGGUGGACUACCCAGCCCACGUGGCGCGCUACCCGCCGCGCGGCGACGCCAAGGACCGCCUCAACGCCUCCCCGGGCAAGCGCCGCGCCUCGCUGGCCGCUCUUCUCCCCGGAAGCCGGGAGGAGCUGGCGGCCAGCCGGGAGGCCCUGGCGCUGGCGCCCGUGCAUGAGAUCAUGCGUGCCAGCAGUAUCGCGGGCAGCACCCGCGGCGGCGGCGCGGCGGCGGUGGGAGCUGGGGCCGGCGGCAACGGCAGCACGCCGACGGGCGUGAAGAACAAGGAGCAGCUCAUGAGCAGCUUCUUGGAGAGCGCGGCAGAGGUAGCGGCGGUGGCGUCGAGCGGGGGCAGUGUGGCGGACCCGAAUGAGCCGGAGGCGCCGCCGCCGCCGCCGCCUCUGGAGCUGCAGUCGUCGCACGCGGCGGCGUCCGCCGCCGGCGGCGACGGGGCAGAGGCGCGCUCCCAGGCGGGCGCUAGCGGCAGCGGCCGCGGGCGGCCGGGCAGCAGCCGCGGGCGGAAUGCGGUGGCGGCGGAGGCGCGCAGCGUGGCGGCGGCUGCGGCCGCGGCGGCGGCGGGCAGUGCUUUGGACCCUGAUGAGGUCCAGGAGCUGGAGGCGGAGCUGGCUGUGUACCCCGACAACAACAUCCACAACUACCUGGACCCUGGGGAGUACAAGCUGCAGAUGAAGGACCCGUCCAGGCUGCUCAUCUUCUACACCUACAGCGGCGACGGCGAGGCGGCGGAGAUCAACCGCGCGCAGAACGCGGUGGUGCCCUUCACCAUGCGGAACACCGACGACUCCUUCAUCCACCCGCGCGACGGCUCCAUCCUGCGCCCCACACAGUUCCCGGUGCAGCUGUACUGCCGCGCCCGGCCCUGGUUCCACAUCGCGGUGUACGACGUGGAGAGCCUGGAGGAGGUGGGCACCCGCUACGGCCUGUUCUUCACCAUUGAGCGCAUCACCAUACAGCCCGCCGGCACUAAGGCCCGCGGCAGCGAGGGCGACGGCAUGAGCAAUGGCGGCGGUCCGGGGCGGCGGCUCAAGGGCCAGAAGGACGAGCGCAACGCGGACGUGGACGCAUACCUGGAGAAGCAAAAGGAGAAGGGCAAGCUGGCUCACCUGUGGGCCAAGGCCGAGGUGGCGGAGGCGGAGGCCACCGGCAAGCAGUUCCUGCUGCCGCAGGAUAGUGAGGCACUUGACCCCAAUGUCUUCCCCUACAAGGUUGAGGAGGUGGAGGUGGUGAGCGAGUUGAUGUACAGCGGCCACCUGGGCGCCAACAAGGACAAGAUGUGGAUGACGCCGGGAGACAAGUACCGGCUGACAGUGCAGAUGCGGACGCCCUUCCUAGACUACGACGCAGUGCAGGUGCGGGUGGCCAACUGGGAGCUGGAGCCGUUUGUGUUCUACGCCAUGCGCAAGGUGGUGCUGCUGGUGGGCGUGCGCGAGGCCUUCAACCAGCAGCCCAUGCCCCACACCGAGGUGGUGGUGGAGGUGCGCGAGCCGCCGCAGCCGCCGCGGCCGCCCGUGGUGAAGCCGGAGUGGUGCGAGGCGCCGUCCGCCUACGCGCAGCGCAUCAUCGACCAGCUCAUCGACUACGUGGUGCAGAACAACCGCGAGGCCAUGGCUGUGGAGAAGGGCCCGGCCAGCGAGCAGCGCGGCUACACGGACGCGGAGGGGCUGGUCAGCUUCGAGGUGCCGCCGGAGAGCCGCGUGUUCGUGCGCGCCGUGAACACGGUGGACUUCGAGGCCACCGAGUCCACCAGCGAGCGGCUGCUGACGUCGGAGCCGGAGCAGUUCGUGGGCUUCCAGCUGCAGCGCAUCUGCCGCACCGCCGCCGUGGUGCUGGACAGCGCCACCGGCGAGGGCGUGCCGGGCUUCACGCUCAAGGGCUACGACAUCACAGACUAUGUGCCGGACGUGCCCAAAGAGGGCAGCAAGAAGGUGCGGCAGCUGCUGGACCCCGACCUGCUGGACGACGUGGACGUGGAGGCGCUGGGGCUGGAGCCCUUCCAGGUGGAGACCACGGGGCCGGACGGCGCGGCCAUGCAGCCCUUCUGCCGCCGCGCCGGCCGCGUCAUCAAGGUCCUGGUGGCGGCGUCGCCGCGCAGCCACCUCAUGCCCAGCCUGGUGAUGCCGCGCAGCGCCAACGCGCUGUACGUGGUGACCAGCGACAAACACAGCGUGGUGUUCAAGGCGCCCAGCAGGCCGCGAGUGCGGGUCAUCUGCCACGACACGUGCACCUUCGAGGAGAUUUACGGCGUGCGUUUCCGAGUCAUGGUACGGCGGAUCGAGGCGCCGCCGCCGCCGCCCGAGAACGCCUCCGGCGCGGGCCGCCGCUCCGGUGCCAGCAGCCGCAUCAUGUCGCGCGCCGCCAGCCGCGCCGGCAGCCGCGCAGGCAGCCAGGCGCCUUCGCGCUCCAUCAGCCGCACCAACAGCAUGCGCGCCAGCGCCGCCACCGCGGCGGCCGCCGCCGCCGCCGUUGCCAACGCGGCGGCGAUCGACGCCGCGGUCGCGGGCAUCGCUGCGGAACGGGCUGCGGCGGAGGCGGCGGAGCCGCCUCCGCCCCCGCCCCCUCCGCCGCCGCCGGCGUUGCUGGCUGCCACGGCGGCGGCGAUCGCGGUGCUGCGAGACCAGCAGCGUGACACGGUGUCGCAGGUUGAGGAGCUGGAGCGGACCAUGGCGGAGCUGCAGGACCAGCAGGAGGCCGACCUGGCGUCGGGCUCCGGCUCGAUGGAAGCGGCGGAGGCGGUGGCGGCGCAGCAGCGGCAGCUGGAGCCGCUGAUGGCUGGCCUCAAGGCCUCGCUACAGCGGCAGCAGCAGCAGCUGGAUGAACUGCUCGCAGCGGAGGCGGAGGCCGCGGCGGCGGUGGCAGCCGCCGCCGCCGCCGCAGCGGAGCAGGCGGCACUGGACGCCGCCGCGGCGGCGGCUGCGCCGCCGCCGGAGCCCGAGUUUGUGCCCGGGGCGGGGUACAACGAGGCUGCAGCCAAGGCGCUGGCGGCUGCGGCGUCUUUCAAUCCGGACGCGGCCAUGGCCUCCGGCGGCCUGGACGCGAUCUUUGGCACUGGCACUGUCGCCGCUGCCAGUGCGCCGCGCGCCCGGCGCAAGACCAGCGACUCGCAAGGCGGCGGUGGCAGCGUCGGCGCCGCGGGCGCCUCCCUCCGCACGCGCCUGCGCGGCGUGGGCUCCGGCAACGGCGACGGCAGCGCGACUCGCGGCGGCGCCGGCGCCGCAGCAAACAGCCGCAAUGUGGGCAUGGGCGUGCGGGCCGAGGAGGAUGACGCGACGUUGAAGCGGCGUGCGGAGGAGGAGGCGAUGAUGGCGGUGUUUGACCAGGCGCCGGAGGAGGAGGAGCCGUGGGGGCGGGUGAUCUGGGACAGCGUCACGGGUCUGGAGGAGAACGACAACCUCAUCCUGGAGGAGGACGCGGAGGUGGCUGUGCAGAUCUUCCCCUGCUGGCCCUACGACGUGCGCAGCCAGAUGCUCAAGGGUCGGGCUGUGGGGCACGUGGGCCCGCCCGACUUCCGCUUCUACCUGCCGCGAGACGGCGACGCGUUCCGCUUCUGGCUGGAGCGCGACAAGGCGCUGCCCGACUUCUGGGACGAGCAGGGCGCCGCGCGGCUGCCGUAUCACCCGCUGGCUCGCCUGCAGCCGCUGGCGCCGCCACACCGCCUGCUGGCGCGCCCGCACGGCGACCUGAAACUCCUGCGGCCGCCCGCCUUCGACCUCAACGCCAUCACAGAUCCCGCAGUCACUGCCGACACGGACCCGCGCCUGGCUAGCGCCAACGCCACGCCGCGUGUCAACUUCGCGGACGUGCCACUCACCAUCGACGACGGCGGCAAGGGUACCAAGUCCGGGCUGGUGCCCAAGCUAUCGCUGGCAGGGCCGGAGGCGGAGGACCUGCGGUCGGCGCUCAAGGGAUCGGAGGAGGUUCGCAAGCUGCACCGGACCGUGUCGGCGGUGCAGUACGACCCCAACGACGCCAACGAGGACAUGAACGACCUGGCCUGGAACCAGCUGCGCCUCAGUGACGCCUCCUACCUGCCGCUGGAGCGCACGCGCCUGCUGCAGUUCCUCACCAAGUGGGGCUCCUUCCCGCACAUACAGGGCGGCCACUGCAAGGCCUGCGCCGGUGUGGACCGCACGCCCGACACCAACCCGCUGCUGCUCGCUUCCGCGCCGCCCACGCCGCGCUUCGCCGGCGACUCGCCGCGCAGCGGCGGCGGCACCGCGCGCAGCGGCGCCGACGACGCCGCCGGCACCGCGCCGUACGGCGGCCACGGGCCGGCGCACCGCGGGGCUCUGUACCGGUCGCGCCUGGUUCCGGGGCUGGAGCUGGCGGCGCAGUGGGUGUUCGACCAGCGGCCAGCGCCGCGGCCCGAGGUGCCUCCGCACCUGCGCCGCUUCGUGCCAGACCGCUUCGCGCGCACGCAUGCCAUCGUGGCGCACAGCGAGGCCAUCUACUGCAAGUCGCCGUUCUUCACGUGGUGGCUGCCCAACGGCGGCGGCGUGCACGUGGCCGUGAACGACGGGCUGUACCGCGACCUCAUCCCGCUCAUCGAUGCAGUGGCGCUGUCGGUCGAGUACAUGGACCAACACCUGGAGAAGGUGAACAAGGUGAACGAGGGCCGCGGCAAGCACGGCCGCUUCCUGCUGGGGCACGAGGUGGUGGACUCGUUCUGCGGCGGCGUGUUCAUCUUGGACGUGUCCAGUGCGCAGCCCUUCUCCGGCAUCAGCUUCAUGCUGGAGCAGCUGUCCAAGACGUUUGACUACUGGGCCGGCUCCACGCCCGAGGGAAUGACGCCGCCGCGCUUCAACGUGUUGCUGUGCAGCCGCGAUGUGGUGGAGUGCUGGCGCAGCGGCCUGGGCUACGUUACGGAGGGGCUGCUGGGGCGGCUGCGGCCCUGGUACGAGGACGUCAAGCAGAAAAUGCCGGCCGCGCCCGGGUUCAAUAUGGAGAAGGCGCUGCGCACCGCCGCCGGCAUGGCCAAGAGCCAGGUGCCGCUGUUCCUGCUGUGCGGCGGGCUGCUGGAGAGCCCGCUCAACACGCCCACGGAGAUGUCCAGGGUGCUGUACGACAUGCAGCUGGCAUGCAUCAACACGCAGGCGCCCAUGCAGCCCGUGCAUGCCGUGGAGCUCUACCCCAUGCCGCAGGCCCGCGUGGAGGGCGGCGCCUCGGGCGUGGCCCCCGCCUCCGAGGCGGGAGACGACGACAUCGGCGAUGGCGCCGGGCCGCGGGAGCUGCGGCCGCUGCCGCCCGCAGCGCGCCUGGGCGGCGCCGACGACGGCAUGACAGAGGUGUCGGUGGAGGAGGCGGCGGCGCUGGGCUCCAACAUCUUUGCGCUGCUGGUGGACUCUCUGGCCUGCGAGCGCGUGCGACUGCUGGAGCUGUUCCGCGAGGUGGACAAGGACAGCGACGGCUGCCUGGACUGGUCGCAGCUGUACCGCCUGGUGCUGCGGCUGGUGCCGGACGCCACGCCCGCGCACAUCCGCUACGUGCAGCUGCUGCUGGACCGCACUGGAGACAACCGCGUGCGGUACAAGGACCUCGCGGCGGCGGUGCGCGCCUGCUCGCGCGGCGGCAUCACGGUGUCGCUGCGCGACCGGCUGGAGGUGGCGCUGGUGCUGCACAAGAUGGCCAUCACGAUGCUGGUGGGCCGCGUCACGCCCGCCGAGCUGUUUGCGCGCUACGACUGUGACGAGGACAGCUAUUGGAGCGAGAAGGAGCAGUGGAACAUGCUCAAGGACUUGUUCCCUGGCCUGCGCCCCGCCGAGCACGCGCUGUUGUUCGAGGCGUUCCAGGACGUGGACAAGAACGGCGACGGCCGCAUCAGCCGCGACGAGUGGAGCCGCGCCUUCAGCGCCGGCGGCGUGCCGGGACUGCCGGGCACGGGCAUGCUGGGCACGGCGGACCAGAUCCAGCGCAUGAAGGAUGCCGGCGAGCUGGAUGACUUCACGAUCAUGGCCAUGAAGGCGGCGGAGGAGAACAAGCGGCUGUCGCGCAUCCGCGGCGCCGACUUCCCGCUCACCGCCGCGCUGGUCAAGAUCGCGGGCGCCACACGCGGCAUGCACCGCCGCCUGGACCUGGGCCGCGCGAGGGCCUUCGCCGACCCCAUUGACCUGGUGCCGCUGCAGCAGGUCCGCGACGCGCUGGACGCCAACCUGCAACAGCUGCUGGCGUUCGAGAAGGCCUACGGCAAGCAGCUCACCGCCGAGUACCAGGACCGGCCCUUCCGCAACUACCCCGGCCAGGCCAACCCGCUCACCGCAGACCCCGGCUCGCUUGCCCGCGGCGGCGCGCGCAAGCGCCCCGCCUCCGCCAACCGCGCGCUGCGCCCCACGCGCGAGUCCUCCUCCGCCUACUCCUCCUCCUCCGCGGCCACCUCUAUUGCCCCCAGCUCCGCGCACCGCGCGGGCGGGCUGGGCAGCACCGCUGGCCGCAGCGGCGCCGGGAGCUACCGCGAGCCGCCGUCGCCGUCGCGGCCAGAGUCGGCGCGAAGCGCAGCCCGGCCGCGGUCGCGGCCCCACUCCGCCGCCUCCUCCCGGGCCCCGUCGUCGCGGCUGCUCGAGCCCACGGCCUCACACACAGCCUACCUCGCAGCCACAAACAGCGGCGGCGGCGGCGGCAGCCGCCCCGGCAGUGCCGCGCCCGGCUCUCGCCCCGGUUCCCGGCCCAGCUCCCGGCCCAGCUCCGCAUCCCGGCAGCGGCCGCCCAUGUCGCCUGUGCCGGCGUGGGCCACGGCGGCGGCGGCCAGCGACGACCCGCACCUUCGCAAGCUCGCUGAGCACGAGGCCAGCUCCGGCGAAGUGGGCGCCAUGCCGCCACUGGGCCGCGAGCACAGCGCCAGCAGCCAGCAGGCGCAGCCCUGGCACACCGGCGCCUCCGCCGGCCUCGGCCUGGGCGGCGGCGCUGGUGGCGGCGGCAGCUUCAGCAGCCGCGCCGGCGGCGGACUGCUGGCGUCGCGCCCAUCGGGCAGCAUUGCUGACGUCAGCGUCGGCGAUGGCGGCGCCGGCACUGGCGGCGGCGGCGGCGACCCGCGCCUGGCGGGCCGUCAGGAGUACCGGCCGCCGUCGGAGCGGUCGCUGCUGCGGCCGUCGGCCUCGUACGGCAGCCGGACACCGGGCUCAAGCAAGGCGCCGUCGGCGGAGCCCAGCGCCGCCAGCGUGAAUGGCGGCGGUGGUGAGGCGGCGGCUAGCGGUGUGGGAGGCGGCGACGGCGGCAGCAAUGCGUCGUCAAGGCCGAACAGCGCACCCGCGCGGCGGCCCGGCGGCGGCAGCAGCGUGGGCGGCGGCAGCGUGCGCGGCAGCGUUGCGUUCGGGGCCGGAGGCGGCGAUGGCAGUGGCGCUGGCAUGCCGGCGGUGUACGGCAAGAUCCCGCUGCCGCCGUCGGCGCGGCGGCAGCUGCCCAUGAAGAGCGCGAUGCUUGGCUUUGAGGGCGAGGGGCUGGAGGGCGGUGCGUCUGGCGGCCUCCCCUUCCUGUCAUCCCCCGACCCCAACGCGCCGCCUGCUGGCGCCGGCGCCAGCGGUGCUGGCAGCCGGCCCUCGUCUGCGGGGCGGCGGUCGUUCGGGCCGGCUGGGUUCCGAAUGGACUCAGGCAACAGCCGCACGUCGCAGGGAUGGGUGUGAUCAUGUGGUGCCGUUAAGGUGCGCGUGGUCAGGGAGGCCCCCGGGGGGCGUAUGCUGCUGGUAUCGAUGGGCCUUUGGCUGCCGAAGCCAGGGCGCGCUCAAGUGUGCCGCAGACGGCAUGCGCCUUUGCGCAUUUUUGCGAGGUAGGGCAAUCGAGCACUUCGAUGGCUGCCAUGAGGGCGUGCAUCUCGACGUUGCACGUGAGGGCGCCAGAGCCAGCGGCGCGCAUGCAAAAUGCGAUCUUGAUCGUCUAGUUGCAUUGUCUAGUAUUAGUUGGUGGUGUGUACGCAGUGACAGCCAUGCAUGGCACCGCGUGCAGAGGUGGGCGAGGCCGGUGUGGUUGGGGGAUGCAUUCUUCAGUCAGAUCUUCAGGUGGUGUCACAUAGACGGUCGCUCGACGUGUUACAUUAUAACUUUAUUGCGCAUUGUCACAGGCGGAUGUUUCCUAUGAGUAAAGGAUGCGAUUGGUCACACGUUAAGUAAAGACGAACCGGCGCGAAAUGCAAAUGCACGGUAGGGUACAAUCUGCAGGUUGAGCUUGACGUACUUAUCGAUUGCUUGUACUUUUCAUUGACAUAUGCUUCUUGCUAGUGACAACGAGGCCGCUGAGGCAAGCCCUUCACCUCCUGUAAAGGCGUUGUCAAUUUCAACGUUC